AUGGUCAAAAAAGUUUCCAAGGACGAGAAACACCAGAAAAUAGUGAACUGGUUUAUGUCUUCUUCAGAGGUAUUCGUUUUAAAGGAGCUAGAAAAGAAGAUACCAAAAUACUGUGGGAUAUCUUCUAUGAUACUUAAAGAUCUGUUGAGUGAGCUAAUCAAUGACAACAAAAUCAAUUGUGAAAAGGCAGGAUCAAGCAAUUUGUAUUGGAGAUUCAUGUAUCAGGAUCACCACAGGAUCCAAUGUAAUACAGAAAAGCUACAAGAUGAACUGGCAGAGAUGAAGAGUCAGAACAAGGAGUAUAAGAUAAGGAUUGAAGAGAUGAAGGGAAAGCGUGAGGAGACAGAAGAAAGAAUCGUGCUAUUGGAGAAAUAUAACAAGCUUAAGAAACAAGUAACAGCCCUAGAAGAAACCAAAGAGAAGGCAAAUAGGCUAUCAAAGAAGGAAUUCAUCAAAUUAAGGGAUGAUGUCAAUAUGUUUAAGGAUAGCAUAAAUGAGGUAACAGAUGACAUUUACACGAUACAAGGGUACGUUUGUGGUAGGUUGCCUAUAGAAAGAAGAGACUUCAAUAAGAACUUCAACAUAUCUGAUGAUAUGGAUUAUGUCGAGUAA